AUGGGAAGAAAUUUCAUAUGCGCCAAAUUCACUGCGCGCAUCGAGUCGAUUUUACUUUAUGUAGCAACAGCAAGCAGUAUUGGUCUCAUUGGAUAUGUUACUUUAACCAGAUUUCUUGGUCAAAUUGAUGAAGAACGCGUUGACACCACUCACAGAAUUUGCGAACAAGAGGCCAUUAUUGAUAAGAAUAGCGAAAAAAAAGUUGAGGCCAUCCAUGAUAAUAUUGAUGAAGAAGACGUUGAACCCAUUCAUGACCAAGUUGAUGAAAAAAGCAUUGAAGCCCAGGGUGAAGAUUCGACCAGCGAACAUGAUAAUAUUCAAGAAUCUACUGUAUACGAAAAUGCGACUGAAGAAAGCAAGAAAAUUAUUCAGACCUAUUCCUUUAGAUCAUUGAUCGGUUAUGAUAUCCUAUGCUUUCCGCAGAAAUUUAAUUUAAAAGGUUUUGAAACUGGCGUUAGUAAGAAUAUGUAUUCAAGGCGUUACUUAACUCAUCAGGUUUCCUUGCCACACAAGAUAACUUAUGAAAAUUCUUUUCAACACUGGAUGAGCUCUGGAAUUGAAUUUAUUUAUGCGCCAAAUUGUUUAAUUAAGACAAAUUGCGGUUUAGAUUUUCCGUUAGAACCAUGUGCAUUGGCUUUUCUCGAUUUAUGUGGUGCAAAAUUCAUAAAAAUGGAGAUUUUAACACGAAUUUUAGCUCGAUGUAUAAAACUUAAGGGUUUAUAUUUGGAAAUGAUCAAAUGCGAUGAAGCAAGCAAAUUUAUUGCAGAGAACCAAAAUCUGAAGUUUUUGAAAUUGAAAUAUUGUGAGAUGAAAGCGAAAGGCUGGGAAACUGUCAUCGAUAGUUGUCGCCAGUUAGAAGAGGCAAACUUUAGCUGGGCGAAUAUUAAUAAUGGAACUGCUGGAUAUAUAUGCAGCCGAAUCGCAUCCACCAUCAUUCGAUUAGAUCUCUCUGGUUUAAAGCACGUUUUGAGCGAUAGAAAUAUUUUUGAUCUUUGCAUGAGCUGUCCGCACUUGAUUGAACUCGAUCUCAGCGAUUCGUUUAGUAUAAGCUCGAGUGGUAUCGGUUAUUUAUUAAAAUUGAAAACACUGAAACAUUUACACCUAUCGCAUUGUUUUAAAUUAUAUUCAUACCAUUUCAAGGAGUUUCUAAAAAAGUUGAGCACAUUGAACUUGCUCGAUUUUCCAAGACUACCAAUCUUGUCAGACCAAACGGAAUUCAUAAAUCCGGACGUAUGUUCUAAAAUAUGUGAGCUAAGCAUUGCUUUUCCCCAUAUGCGUAUCGACUUACCGCAAGCUUCUCGUCCCAUUGAUAGAGGAAGAAAACCAAAGAAAUCAAAUCGUUUAAAUCCUUUUCAGAGAAUUCGUAGUCAAAGUGCUCCUUGA